CGAGCGUUGCGAGUCGGGUGUGGAAUGUUUACCAAAUAUUUUUGACGCAAAAUAUUGUCGGAGUUAUAAGACGAAAAGCUUUAAAAAUUUUGGUGUAUUUUAUUAAAAACUGCUCUUUCGUACAUGAAGGCGACAAAAUAAUCUCUCGUGGACAUUUUGUAGUGAUUUUGAGAGAGAUUUUCGUGUGAAUUCGUUAAUAAUUUUUGCUUCGAAAAUCAUGGCCGAUAAAAGUCGUAUUCUAAAAUGGAUGUUGUUCGCUUUUACUGUAGUGUUUUGGGUGAGUUUGCUGUGUUAAUUGUGCUUUAAAAAUAAUUCUGUGAAGUGUCUGUUUUAUUUAGUUUUGUACUUGGAUUCUGUAUGUAGAAAAUGAGAAAAUUUGAUGGCUAAAACCUUGAAAAUAUACUGACAAUGUGUAUAUACAAUAUUUUUAGAUUUGAAUUUACACAUUUUUAAUAUCUACAUGUUAUAGAAAAGCUGUCUCAAAAAUGAAUUUCUGACAGUAUUUGAGAGUUUUCGAUAUAAACUACAAUAGCAACAUUAGUUUUAUGUUACAACAGAACAAUUUAUAUCGGUAAUACGCAGUUUUUAUUCAUAUUCAAAGAGAAUAUUAUCAAUAUAUCCUCAAUAUGUGAAAAGUGCUCUUAAAUAAAGUUACAAAUAUGUUUGUAAAUGUAACUCUGCCCUUACCAAUGUAACAAAUAAAGGGAUGUCACAAAAUAUCCAUCUUAUGUUACAGUGAAAAUAGAUUGUUAAACUUGGGUAUAGUAUAAAGCAACAUAAAGUUUUUUUGAGAGUUCGUUGUUACUGCAAUAUACAAAGAGUUGUUUGAUUAAAGUUAAGUUAUGCAGGAAUGUUGCUCAAUUAAAGCUUUUAAGAGGGUCCUGAAUUGACUCAAUGAUUUCUUUGCACCAUUGACUGGACAUCUAGGGAGAACAGUUUAGAACUGAUAUAGUUAUCUAGUAUAAAUAAAGUUAGUUUAGUUUAGGUUUCCUCCUGUAGUAACACUGGAUCAAUAAGAGAUGAUCCUUACUGAACCUCUAGGAAGAACAGUUUAUAACUGAUAGGGUUAUCCAGUAUAAAUAGAGUUAGUUUAGUUUAGUUUAGGUUUCCUCCUGUAGUAACACUGGAUCAAUAAGAGAUGAUUCUUACUGAACCUCUAGGAAGAACAGUUUAGAACUGAUAGAUUGCUAUCCAGUAUAAAUAAAAUUAGUUUAGUUUAUAAUGGAUAUCUAUGUAAAACAGUAUAGCACAAAUACAGUUGUCCAGUAUAAAUGAAGAUUAGUUCAGGGGCUGUUUCUAGCAUUUCUUCAUUUUUAUUUCAGACAAUUGGAGGCCUGAUGAUGGGUGUUGGGUUUUACUCAGUUACACAAAAGAAUGAAUAUACAGAGUUCACCAGUACAUCAACAGAUCCUGGUGCUCUGAUUGUUGCUGUUGGUUUCAUCAUAUUCUUUGUCUCGUUUGCUGGUACCAUUGGAGCACUUCGUGAAAACACCACUUUACUGAGAGUUGUAAGUCCACAACAAGAUCUUUCAGAAAUAUUCCAUAAAAGCAAUUAACAAGAAUUAAACUAAUUUUGAAAACAUUAUCAACCCUCGGAUUAUAGUAUGGUCUCUUUGAAAAUAUCAUAGAGUUGUAAGUCCACAACAAAAUCUUUCCCAAUUAAUGAAGCUCUUGCAUUUUUUGUGGACUAAGAGAUUGCUCUUUGAAAUUACUGUUGCUGGUGACUUCAUACCAACAAUUAUUUUUAUUAGUAUUUUUGUAUGAAUGUUUGCAUCUAUAGGCCAAUUUACAUAUUUUCCCCUAAAACUGUUGUGCACAACCUGCUUACAACUUGAGUUGUGUGUAAAUCAAGCACACAACUCACUUACGUUGUCCUAGGCAAGUUGUGUGCUUGAUUUAAACAGUACAACUCAAGUUGUAAGCAGGUUGCAUGCGACAGUUUUAGGCAAAAUUUGUGUAGUGUAUAUAUACAUAUAUAGUGCCGUAAUGAUUUACUAACCAGUAUAAAAAAUUAUCUUUACCUAUAACUCUGUUGUAUUUUAUUGUUUUAGUAUGAAGUGUUUAUUUUUAUUGUUGUCAUACUACAAUUCAUUGGUGGUAUCCUUGGUUUUGCAUUCUGGCCUGAGGUAUUGUGAGCUUUGGUAUUUCACUUUCUGCAUAUUUGAUAGAGAUGUGUGAUGCUACGCAGGCUGUGUCGCCUAUGUGUGAUAUGACAACUGUUCCAACCCUCCCUAUUUGAUCUCCUAGUAGCCAUAUGCCCCCUGGUCUCUGAUCUCUAAUUUGAAUCUGAACAGCCUGAUUUUUAGAAAGAUUUGUUUAUUAUUAAGAAAAUUAGUUUGAAAUGAAAAUGUCCUUGCUAAAAUGCAUGUAUGUCACCUUUUACCAGCAAACAAAAGUAGGUAAAAUGCCAACACAUUUGAAGAAAUGUCUAAUUGCUUGCUGGAGGCAAAAUACAAACUAAGGUUUCAAAAAAAUACCAUUGAAGUGACAACCCCUCACUCCCUCCCCUCAUUUUUAGGCUGAGUGUUUGAUCAUUUGAAUUUGAAAUCAUACUUUUCAUCUUUUGGGUGUAUUCCUGAUUUCAUCAUAAAUUUAUCAUCUACAGGUCAGGGAAAGUCUGGAUACCCAAGUGAAAAAAAUGAUUACAAAAUAUCCUUAUGACGUUGACUUGAAGAAUGCCAUUGAUCUUGUACAAGAGAGGGUAGGUGAACUAUGUGAAUAUUAAGAUCAGUGGCAACCAUAAACUAUCCAGUUUGCAUAAGGAGAUCAGUAACAAUUUUAUGUCCGGUUAGUGUUAUGGAGAUCAGUGGCAAAAGUUUAACUAUCCAGUUUGCAUAAAGAGAUGAGUGAUAAUGAAAUGUCCAGUUAAUGUUAUGGAGAUCAGUGGCACCAGUUAACUAUCCAGUUGGCAUAAGAGAUCAGUAAUUUCAAAGAAUUGUCCAGUUAUUGUUAUGAGAUCAGUGGCAGCACUUAACUAUCCAGUUGGCAUGAAGAGAUCAGUAACAACAAUGAAAAGUCCAGUUAGUAUUAUGGAGAUCAGUGGCACCAGUGAACUAUCCAGUUAUCAAUAACGAGAUCAAUAAUGAGAUGUCCAGUUAGUGUUAUGGAGAUCAGCUUAACUAGCAAAUUCCUCACUAUUUUGCAAAUUACUUCCUCGAAAAUUCCUUUGGUUUUGUUGCUAAUUGUAUCAUAUAAACAAAGAUGAAGGAAUUUGCAAAAUUCUACUUACAGUGCUUUCCCCCUGACACGUAAAUUGUAACAUUAUCUGGCAUAAGACGGAGUAAAAUAAUAAAGUAGGGCACAUUAAGGUACAGUGCAACUGGGUUAAUAUUGGAUUUGUUUUUCAGUUGGAAUGUUGUGGUAGUUCAAAUUAUCAUGAUUGGAACCUCAAUCGUUACUAUCGAUGUUAUGUCAACGAUCCCAAACCCAUUCAACAUUGCAGUGUGCCGUUCUCCUGUUGCCACAUCAAGGAGAAGGUUUGUAGUCUGUACGAUAUUAUACAAUUACCUUAUGGUUUCCGUGUUUGGAUGGCCUGAUCCAAACACAGGUUUCGACCAAUCAGAGCACACGUUAUAUACAUGUUAUUUUAUAUUCAAAUACACCUUUCAUGCAAUGUGAUCCGAGGAAGAACAGGGUAAGAUGUAACAUCACCAUGGAAUCAUUUCCUUCAUUCUCUACUUCUUGCUAGUUUUCUCAAAAUUUUUCAAUCUUUUUCUAGCAUAUAAAAAUAUUAAGUGAGUGACAAAAAAAUUUAAGAAAUGACAGCACAUCUCAUGACUUACUCUUUUCCCAUGAAAUGUUGUUAUGAUGUCACAAAUAUAAAAUAUUCAUCUUCAGUUUAUGAAUAUUGUAUUGGAUUUCGAGUUAUAUACGAGUUCUUUGGCGAAAUAUUUUUAAAAAUCUACGUGUCUAAGCGGAGAAAAUUAUAGCUAAAGUUGAUGUAAAUGAACGUGAUUUUUUAUCAUUUAUUAAACCACAGACACAGCAGUAAUUUCCUUCGUCUUUUCUCAUGAAUUAUUAAUACGUUUUUUGACAUAACUUAAACUGGAAUUUUUAUCUUGUAGCAAAGAAUAAAUUACCAAUGUGGAUACCAGAUGCGGUCCCCUGGCCGACAUGUAAGAAACAAUCCUUUGUUUACCCUAUUAGCCAUUCCGAAGUUGAUGAGUGGACUGGGGACGAGUGUUAAAAAGUGCCCAAAUUAAGAAAUGAACCAAAUCACUAAAAAGAUCACCUCAAAGUUAGUAAGUAUACAAAGUUUGAAGACGUUUACAUGAAUACCCUUCGAAUAAUAAGCUUUCGAAAAUCCGAUAUUUACUAUGAAAUGUACUGUGAUUUUUGUUUUUGGGACGCGCGUCCCAAAAACAAUCUUUUAAUCAGUAAUUUCAUAAUUUUCGAAAGGUUAUUAUUCGAAGGGUAUUCAUGUAAACGUCUUCAAACUUUGUGUACUUACUAAUUUUGAGGUGAUCUUUUUAGUGAUUUGGUUCAUUUCUUAAUUUGGGUACUUUUUAACACUCGUCCCCAGUCCACUCAUCAACUUCGGAAUGGCUAAUUGCAUUGUGCAAUUCAGUUUCUUGCAUAGAGUAGAUAUUCGUCUGUUUCUUUCAUUUAGCGAUUGGAUGCAAAUAAUUAUAUAUACACUCGUGGAUGUUUGGAUGUUUUAGAAAAUUACUUUAAAGACAAUCUUGUCCUGGUUGGAGCCGUUGCAAUUGCUUUUCUGUUGCCUGAGGUAAAAUUUUGUUGUCGGGUUGCUUUCAGUGUUUCGCCAUUAAGUCCGUAAUAUUACAUAUGGAAGCAAGAAAAUGAAACUACAUCUCUCUAUUUGCCUCAAAAUACAAGACUAUACUGCAUAUAAUGAAAAAAUAAUUAAACAGGGGUGGAAGAAAUAGGCGAGCACUGCUCGCAGGGAAUGUUAAGGCCAUGUUACACGGUGCAAUUUUUCUUGCAACUUGCAAUGCAAUGUAGACUCUUGAGAGAUGUCAAUUAGUGAAAUCAGUGAAGAAUUUUCGAUAUGUUGAGAAAACAUCAGCGGAGUGUAAUGAAGACUCGUAUUUGGUAAUUUUACAUCUCUCAAGAGUAGAAUUGCAUUGCAAGUUGCAAGAAAAAUUGCACCGUGUAACAUGGCCUUUAAACAGCUGCAGGAAAUUCGUUUGAAUGAAGAUUUGCUAUUGAAAAUUUGAAGGAAACCUUAACACCCAUGUUUCACUAUGGGCGCAACAACAUAUGGUUGACAGACGUAAUUAUUCGUUGAAUUUAAAACCAUGGUCAGCUAGAACACUAUAUGUUUAUGCACAUGCAGAUUUAGCACAAAAAUACUCCGUUGGUCUGCAGGAAAUUGUAUCCAGGUUGUGCUCCCAGGAAGAAAGUUCUUGAUUUUCUCACUCUGAUAACUGCAGGUUUACCACCAUCUGCUUCACGAUAGUGCUUAGUAAAACCAGCUAUUUAUGAAAAUAAGCAAGCUUUGGAUUCCUAGGGAUAUGUGAGUACGUGAGUAAUACAAGGUAGUUAUAUCCCUAUCAAUCCAAAACUUUCUUAUUACACUGACCAUUCAAAAUUGUACUUACGAAAAAACCUAACAAUAGUAAUUGUUUAAUAUCGUCUCCAGGUCCUUGGUAUUGUCCUAACCCACAUGUUUAUUAAUGACAUCAAAGAUCGUAUUGAAAAAAUGUACGAGGUUGAUGGCUUUGAAAAUCGUGCCCCAAGACCCGCUGGUCCUUCUCAGGCAACCGGAUAUUUGUAGUUCUACGUCGCAGGAGGUAUCUUUCAUACAAACUGUUUGUCUAGAUUAAUUUUAUUUGUAGAUGUUGUAGUAGUGGUAGAUUUGAAUUGCGCGUACUGGUAUAUAUUCUCUUAGUUUAAUCUAUAUAAUCGUACCUACACUAAAAAGAGUGCUGUUAAACUCUAGCAAUAUGUUAGUGUGUUUUCUUUGAGCAAAACGUACUCAGUGGACAUUAAUUCAGGAAAGCUUGACGUAACUUUGUAAAAUCUAAGUAGAAUGCAUGUAGGAAUUAGCAUUCUUUCUCUGUUUGAAUAUACUGCAUGUUACUUUAAUUUCAGAUGCUUACACUGUGAGUAUCACUUGUAUACUGUACAACUCUAGCGAUUCUUGGGUGUUUUACUUUGAGCAACAAGUACGUACUGCAUGAUAUUCGUUCUACAUAACCCAAGAACCAGACUGGAAACCAAUCGUUUUGUGGAAUAGGUGUAAUAUAUAUUUUGAAUGUUUAUACCAUCAUUUAGGACUAGGUAUAAUUUCCGUGUAUUCUAAUGCUAGUUUCAUAAUUUUAACGCGUAUCCUUAAUAAACAUCCACGCAAAUAGA